AUUAACACUGCCAACUUUCUGAACAAUUGGCAACACUCCUCCCUCCCUUCCUCCUUAUAUAGCGCCUUAAUUUCCUCCAUUUCUCCAUCCCUCCCUUCUCUCCCAUCUCUCCCUCUAUAUAUAAUCACACACAUACACACAUAUACAUACACAGUACAUACAUACACUCUGUUCUGGCCUGGUUUAUUACAUCUUUUAGCUGAUAAACCUAGCCAACAUUGCCUUAUUACAGAACAGAUCUCACAUACCAAACACAUGGAGAAGGUUUUGAGAUUGUGCUUGGUGGGCCCCUUGUUUUUAGUUCUUGGGCUUCUUCCUCUAGUCAUGGGAGGACACAACUAUGGAGAUGCUUUAAGCAAAAGCAUUCUCUUCUUUGAAGCUCAGAGAUCCGGGUAUCUCCCCUCUUCUCAGAGAAUCAAAUGGAGGGGUCAUUCUGGCCUCAAUGAUGGCAAAUCUGUUGGUGUGAAUUUGGUGGGAGGGUAUUAUGAUGCAGGGGAUAAUGUGAAGUUUGGUUUGCCAAUGGCAUUUACUGUGACAAUGAUGUCAUGGAGUGUGCUAGAGUAUGGUAACCAAAUGGCUUCUAGUGGGGAGCUUGGCCAUGCCAUUGAUGCUAUUAAGUGGGGAACUGACUAUCUCAUCAAAGCUCACCCUGAGCCUCAUGUCUUCUAUGGGGAGGUGGGAGAUGGUAACACUGACCAUUAUUGUUGGCAAAGGCCGGAAGAUAUGACAACAUCAAGGCAAGCAUACCGGAUCGACCCGAGUAAUCCCGGGUCGGAUCUCGCCGGAGAGACGGCGGCGGCUAUGGCAGCGGCCUCCAUGGUGUUCCGCCGUUCUAACCCUGGCUAUGCCAACACUCUGCUCUCCCAUGCCUAUCAGCUGUUCGACUUUGCAGACAAAUACAGGGGUAAAUAUGACAGCAGCAUUACUGUGGCUCAGAAGUACUACCGUUCUGUCAGUGGUUAUGCUGAUGAGUUAUUGUGGGGAGCAGCAUGGUUGUACAAGGCAACAAACAAUCAGUACUACUUGAACUACCUUGGUAAAAAUGGUGAUGCUCUUGGUGGGACUGGCUGGGCCAUGACUGAAUUUGGGUGGGAUGUUAAAUAUGCUGGUGUCCAAACUCUUGUUGCUAAGUUCCUAAUGGGUGGAAGAGCUGGACAACAUGCAUCUGUGUUUGGAAAAUACCAAGAGAAGGCAGAAUUUUUCAUGUGUUCAUGCCUUGGAAAGGGCAGUCGCAAUGUGCAGAAGACUCCAGGAGGCCUAAUUUUCCGACAGAGAUGGAACAACUUGCAGUUUGUUACAAGUGCUUCCUUCCUCAUGACUGUCUAUUCUGAUUAUCUGACCUCUGCUAGGAAAACCCUCAGGUGUCCUUCUGGAAAUGUCCAACCAUCUGAAAUGCUUGCUUUCGCCAAAUCUCAGGUGGACUAUAUUCUCGGAGACAACCCAAGAGCUACAAGUUACAUGGUUGGCUAUGGAAACAAUUACCCGAGGCAAGUUCACCACCGAGGGUCCUCAAUUGUGUCAAUCAAGGUUAACCCUUCAUUUGUUACUUGCCGAGGAGGCUAUGCAACUUGGUUUAGUAGGAAGGCAAGUGAUCCCAAUCUUCUUGUUGGUGCCAUUGUUGGAGGACCUGAUGCAUAUGAUAAUUUUGCCGAUGAAAGAGAUAACUAUGAGCAGACUGAGCCUGCUACAUACAACAAUGCUCCUCUACUUGGACUAUUGGCUAGGCUACAUGCUGGACACAGUGGUUAUAAUCAGUUGCUUCCAGUAAAUCUUCCAUCUCCGAGACCUAUUUCUGUUAAACCCAAGCCAGCUCCAAGACAUGUUAAACCUAAGCCAGCUCCAAAAUACAGACCAAAUCCUGCCCCAGUGUCAUCUUCCAAACAGAUUUUUGUUGAGCAAAAGAUGUCCGCUUCAUGGGUUUCUGGAGGAAAAACCUACUACCGAUACUCCACAGUAGUGACUAACAAAUCUGGCAAGACACUGAGAAAUCUCAGGAUUUCCGUGUCAAAGCUCUAUGGUCCUCUAUGGGGUCUUGCAAAGUAUGGCAAUUCUUAUGUGUUUCCGGCAUGGAUCAAGUCUCUGGCUCCUGGAAAAAGCAUAGAGUUUGUGUACAUCCAUUCUGCUCCAGCAGCAUCUGUCUCUGUUUCAAGCUACACCCUGGAUUAAAAGCGGAAGAAUAUCAAGACAUAACAAAGAAAGGUUCAUAGUCAUACUAUUUUCGGGUUUCGUAAGAACUGUGAAAAUACAUAUAUACACCAGAUGCAGUCCAGGAAGGUCUUUCUUUUUUUGUGCAACUUAAGUAGAAUGUUAGAUUAAGUUAAGCUUAAAUAUUGGAGGGAGGAAGGAGUGAAGAGAGGAUUAAUAUAUGAGUGCUCAUCCUCUUUCUCAUCCAAUUACAUAUAUUUAUAUAUAUCUGAGACUGGGUGGAGUGACAGUUGAGAAGUUAAAGAAUUUCUCAACAGAGUGCCAAGGUUUCUUAAGUGUGCAGGGGCUACAUUUUUCUGAUCCCCUUGAUGUUUUCUUCAGAUUGUAAUGUUGUAACCUUUACAGCAUUUGUGUGUUUCCAGUAUGAAUAUAUAUAUAUAUUUUGUGAAA